CUUGUGGGUAAAUUAUUUUUUGGGUAUUUGUAUACUUUUAGGUAUGCAUCAUCGGCGUGUGGGGUAAAGGAGGAGUUGGGAAAACAACAUUGGUGAAGAAUAUGAACAAUGAGCUUCUAAAGAUUAAGGUGUCAAAUUCUAAACUUUCUUUUGGUGUUGUGAUAUGGGCUACAGUGCUGAAACCACCAAUAGAUAUAAGAAAGGUUCAAGAACAAAUUGCCAGAAGAUUAAACCUAAAGGUAGAUAACGAGGGAAACGUAAUAAGCAUUGCUAGCAAAAUCUAUGAAAGGCUCAAGCAAGAAAAAAGUUUCCUUCUCAUACUGGAUGAUGUUUGGGAAGCUAUAGAUUUGAAUCAUGUAGGUGUGCCCCAACCUGAAGAUCCCUCAAGAAGCAAGAUAAUUGUAACUUCUCGUUUUUUAAGUGUUUGUAAGCAAAUGAAAACACACACCGAAAUGAAUAUUUCCACAUUGGAUGAGGAUGAAUCUUGGCAUCUGUUUAUCAAAAAUGCGGGAGAUGUCGCCAAAAAGGAGGAUAUUCAGCCAUUUGCAAAGGAAAUUGCAAGAGAGUGUGGUGGUUUACCUUUAGCAAUCACUGUUAUUGGAACAUCUAUGAGAGGAAAGACAAGGGUCGAGCUCUGGGAAGAUGUUUUGAAAUCACUUAGAAUGUCCGAACCUCAUAACAAAAGUGUAGAAGAAAAGGUUUACAUGGUCAUCAAGUCGAGUUUUGAUUCUUUAGAAUCUCAGGAUAUUGAAUCAUCCUCUGUGAACAAAAAGAGAGGUGAUAUUCGAAGUUGUUUGUUGUAUUGCUCCUUAUAUCCGGCGGCUAUUUCAACAGAUGAUCUCAUACAUUGCUGGUGGGCAGAGGGGUUCCUCGGUGAACAUGACACACAUGAAGAAGCCUACAACAGGGGAGUCACAAUGAUUGGAAGUCUAAAAGAUACCUGCUUGCUACGAGAAGCCCAUGAGAUAGAUUAUGUGAAGAUGCAUGACGUGGUUCGUGAUGUUGUUAGAUGGAUAGAAAAUUCCUCUGGGGAUGAACACAACUCUAUUAUUCGAGCUGGAGUUGGGUUGGCUGGGAUAUCACAUAUUAAAGUAUCAUCUUCUGUCAAGAGAAUAUCUUUCGUAAGUAAUGAAAUCGAAUGUCUACCUGAUUGCUUCACAAAAUGCCCCGAGACAACUUCUUUACUUCUGCAAAACAAUGAACUCCUUGAGGACAUUCCCCAUGGAUUUUUUUUGUCAUUUCCAGCUCUAAGAGUUGUGAAUCUGAGUGCAACUGGAAUUAGAGCACUGCCUUGUUCCAUCAAUAGUUUAUGUCAACUACGUGCUCUAAUACUACAAAAUUGCAAUGAGUUGAAAGAGUUACCACCUAUUGGUAAACUUUACAAUUUGCAGUUGCUUGAUUGUGAUAAUACAAGGUUAUGUUGUCUUCCGCAAGGAAUGGAUAAGUUGACAAAUCUGAGGCUAUUAAAACUACCUGUAAAUGAUUUGAAGAACAUCAGCAAAGGAUUCUUCCUAAAAUUGUCUAGGAUUGAAAUAUUAAAUAUGCUGGAUACUGAAACGACAAAUUUGAGGCUGUUAAAUCUUCUUGGACCAAUUUCUUUUGAUGAGAUAUCGUCUCUACACAAUCUGACAUCUCUUUUUAUUAGAUUGGAUAGUUCAUCAAUUUUCAAUGGAGACCACACCUGGAUGUCUAGAUUGAAAAGUUUUCACAUUGAAAUUGGGAGUUCUCCAACGCAUGUACCAUUCAACAAGUCAACAAGGAUGAUAAGCAUCUCCAAGUGUGAAAUUUUCAGUAAUGGAGAGCUCUCAAGCAUGUUGCAGUUUGCUUCAGAUUUGUACUUGGUAAAAUGCAUGGGUGUCAGGAAGUUGAUUGCGUACAACAGUUUUGAUGGAUUAAAAUCACUAUGCAUAGAGAGAUGCUCUUGUGAUUUUGGACCAUCAAAAGAAGGAAGUGCACAGUUUGACCCUCUGCCAAAUUUGGAACAUCUCAGGCUCAUUUCUGUUAAUCAUUUAAAGAGUGCUCAUGAUUUCGGUCAACUUCUUGGUCUAAGAUUUUCUAAAUUACGCCAACUAGAUAUACACUUUUGUGCAAGUUUAACAUGUCUUUUUAACACUUUUUCUGUACCUAAGCACUUGGAAGACAUUUCAAUUACCUUUUGUCCUCAGCUGGUAGAGUUGCUAGUCCAACGCGGCUCAAGUCAGGCAACACCUGUCAACUCAGAAAUCCCAAGAGUACGGAAGUUACAUUUGAGAAACUUACCAAAAUUAGGAACGUUGGGGGAGCCACGGAGUAUGUGGGAACACCUGGAGGAACAUGAGGUGAUCAAUUGCGAUCGAAUUGAACACCAGAAGUUGCCUGUCUCCAUUCAAAACACCAACAUCAAAGUUAGAAAAGGAUUCGCAGAAUGGUGGAGCCUAAUGGCAGUUUCAGAUUUCUAUCGGAACCAGCCCUUCUACUUCACAUUUGAGGUAGAGGUAAGGGGACUAAAGAAAGCAGAGGAAGGAACUUUCUGCACCAGAGAGACAGAGUUAACCGGUCGAGUUUGUUGUGUUGUAUUUCCUGUCAGAUGUCUUAAGUUUUUUCUGCCAAUAACUGUUCCUUGUGGCAUUGUUGUUGAGGUGGGAAAGUUUGUAUGUAAGUGCAUCUAUCCAAAGAUUGAAAAUAUUGUCCGUUUCUCGUCAAAAAUUGAAAAUCUAAGGGAGGAAAUGGAGAAGCUAACAAAGUUUAGAGAUGAAAUCAAUGGAAAGGUGGUGAAAGAUGAGGGAGAAGGCUAUAAAACAAAACCAGAUGUUAUCAAGUGGAUCAAAGAUGUUUGCGAGCUGGAGGAUGAAUGA